AUGGCUAGUCGUGCAUCUAAUGGUGUGACAGCACCAAUCAUGAGUGGGUAUGUGAGUGAAAAGGGGGGGAUCCGGUCAUUGUCUAAGCAUACCAUCCUUGAGGAACCAGCCAAUACUCAGUCUGGUCAGGGGGAUGCACAGCAGGAAGUGCCACCUCAGAAGAAAGAAUCAUUAUUACUGCGCCUCUUUGAAUGCAAGCUUUUCAACAUGUCAUUGGCCAUCCACUACUUAUUCAAAUCCAAGGAACCUGGUGUUCUCAUGUACAUUGUGAACAAGAUGUUUGACUUUGAUAGCUCUGAUGUGGACUUCUAUAUGCCCCAGAUCAUCAAUAUGUAUGUCCAAAUUCCUGAGAUGGCUGAGGCACUUCAUCCUUACUUGGUUCACAGAAGCAGGUCUUCUGUGGAGUUUUCCUUGAAGACAGCUUGGUUUCUUGAUGCAUAUUCUCCCGGUUCCAUGUCACCAGGUUCUAAGCGCAAGACUCAUGCAACCAAACUACGAAACCUCAUCCUGACAGAUCAGUUGAGGCCGAAAGUGCAAUGUCACUUCAAACAGCUACGAAGUCAUGCUAUCAAGUCAGAAGAUUCUACAAAGAAGAAACAUCAGAGGUCAAGAUCUGACAUCGUGCAUUCAAAUAUGAUGGUCGUUCCCGAAAGUGCAACUGAAACAUGGCCUGUUAAAGAGAAUGGAACGAGGAAUCUGGGUGAUUUGAGUUCUGGGCGUGCCUUUGACAAUGGAUGCACUUGCUUUACAUCUAAUCAGGGUAUAUAUAACAAUCUGAAGGGUUAUGAAACGUCUUGUACAUGUGGAGCCCCAAGGCUUUCUCCAGAGCUGGAGUUUGUCAAGUGUCUCAUUGCAAUUGGAAAACGACUUUCUGCAAUGAAAUCUAAAGAAGCCAAGACAGAACGAUUGGUUGGUGAGCUUUCAAACCUGAACUUGAACCUACCUGCCCGGGUGUGGGUCCCUUUGAAUUUCUCACAGCAUCAUGUUGUCCGUGUUCCACCUCAGGCUGGUGUUGUCCUCAAUUCUAAAGACAAAGCCCCAUACCUGAUUUAUGUGGAGGCACUCGAAGUGGAGAACAUUCAUACUUCACCUCUCUAUCCAAAGCUUUCUUGUACCCUGAGGCAUGUACGGUCAGAAGAGAAUCUGGGUGACAGUCGGUCAGUCCCAGAGAGCAUGCCACCAUCCUACAACAGUUUCACCACUGUGGGAAACUUGGACAUUGAAAAUGCCGACUGUUGGUCUCAAGAUGAUGACGAGAUCUCUCUCGCCUACACGAGAAGGGCACCUAUUACAGAGCGAGAUACACUCAGUCAACUCAGCAUUGACAGUGUCACCUCCACUGAGUCACCUGUAUACAUUGCAGCUGCUGAUAUUCGAAAGAGACUGUUUGACAAUACUCAUAUCCAAACGUCUUCCUUCAGAAGGGACCCCGAAGACCCAUCAGCAGCUGCUCUGAAGGAGCCAUGGGAGGAAAAAGUUGCCCGUGUCCGUGAGAGCUCUCCAUAUGGUCACCUAUCCAAUUGGCAUCUUCUUGCAUUAAUUGUUAAGUGUGGAGAUGACUUGAGACAGGAGUUGAUGGCACAGCAGGUCCUCACAAAUCUGCAACACAUAUGGGAAACAGAACAUGUUCCCCUGUUUGUGAGGCCUUACCAGAUCAUAGUGCUUUCCAAGGACAGUGGGUUCAUUGAACCUAUUCUACACACAGUGAGUCUUCAUCAGGUGAAGAAACACAGUCAGACAACACUCCUGGAAUACUUCUAUUCUGAAUUUGGCCCUCCAGCAUCAGAAGAAUUCCUUGCAGCCCAGAAAAAUUUCGUCCAGAGCUGUGCAGCCUAUUGCCUCAUUUGUUACUUGAUCCAGGUGAAAGAUAGGCAUAAUGGGAACAUCCUACUCGACAACCAGGGACAUUUGAUACACAUAGACUUUGGUUUCAUCCUUUCAGCAUCCCCAAAGAACUUGGGCUUUGAAUCCAGUCCUUUCAAGCUAACUCAAGAAUUUGUUGAAGUGAUGGGAGGUUUGGGAUCUGAUAUGUUUGAGUAUUUCAAAAUCCUCAUGCUGCAGGGUCUUGUUGCGGCACGAAAGCAUUCAGAUUCCAUUCUCUCCUUGGUUGAAAUCAUGAGAUGUGGGUCUCAGUUGCCAUGCUUCAAGAGUGGAGCAGCCACCAUUCAAGCCAUGAGGAAUCGAUUUCACAUGUCCUUGACAGAAGAACAGCUCCAGCUGUUGAUAGACAACAUGGUGGAAAGCUCCUUUCAUUCACUUUCCACUCGGCUAUACGAUGGAUUCCAGUAUCUGACCAAUGGGAUCCUCUGA